AUGGACAAGUGGAAUGUGACCUAUUCUACCUUCACUGAAAACUCCAUGAAUUAUAAUAUAACAACAGGAAACUCUUCUGUUGAAAACACAUUUGUAUUUGUAACAGGUUUAGUUUGGCUAAUGAUGAUCAUCUCCUUCCUUGGCUUUGUUGAGAAUGGACUAAUGUUCUGGUUCCUCUGUUUUAAAAUCAGAAGGAACCCUUUCACUGUCUACAUCGCCAACCUUUGUGUGGCUGAUACCUGCUUACUCCUUUGUGACUUUGUUCUGUUAGUUCACUAUGCUUUAGCUUCUGAAGACAGUUUUGGUAAUUACCACACACUAACCUUCUUCACUUUUACCUUCCUUUUUGGGUAUAACACUGGCCUCUGUUUCUUAACUGUCAUCAGUGUUGAGAGGUGUUUAUGUGUACUUUACCCAGUGUGGUACCGAUGUCACCGUUCGAGGCACCAGUCAGCUAUUGUGUGCACCAUUUUGUGGACAUUUUCUUGUCUGGUCACUAUUGCAGAAUAUUGUGUAUGCAUUGAUACACUUACUGAAGAGGCAGUAGAAAGUUACAGGGAAAUAUGCCAGGGAAUGAUUAUCUUCCUUUCUAUUCUGAAUUUCUUGUUGUGUGCUCCACUCAUGAUUCUAUCCAGCUUGAUCCUUGUCAUGAAGACUUAUAAAACCUCCCUAACAUCUCAUUCUUCAAAGUUCUACAAAAUCAUAGUGACUACAGUCAUUAUCUACCUUAUCUUUGCCUUGCCUCUCAGGAUCCUGCAUCUCUUGCAAUAUUAUUAUAAUUCAUUACUUCCAGAAGUAAUGGGGACCCUCUUUAUGUUACUGUCCACCAUCAACAGUGCUGUCAAUCCCCUCAUUUAUUAUUUGGUGGGGAGUAGUAAGGGAAAACGAUUCAGAGAAUCCCUCAAAGUAGUCUUUGACAGGGCCUUCAAAGAUGGAUCAGAACCAGAAUCUCAGGAAACUGCUGUCUAUCAAAGAGCUGCUUCAGAACGAGCUCACUAAUGCUCAAGAACAUUCAAAAGCAAAGUAAAGCAUGGUGUGCAUGGAAGUUAACACAAGCACCCUUAUAUAAGGAGAUGGAUUUUUAUCUCUUUGGCAGUAGAAACAAGCUAUUGUUUUUCAGGGGGGACACAUACCUAUUUUUCCUAAUGUUCCUUUGUUUCAACUACAGAUAUAACUCUUUGUCUUUAAACACCAGAAUUAUGUAAUGUUGGAUUGACUCUUUCUGCCUUGUUUUUAGUACAGUAAUAUAUUCAUUUGAAAAAACAAACUAUGAAAUGUAUUGUACUAUGACAAUGUUGCCACAUGUUAAAAUCUGUCGGAGUGAAUGAAAAGGAGCAGACCUAAUAAACUGUUUUGAGACCCUUUCACAGCAGAGUUUUUAAUUCAUUUUUCUUAAAACAUUCAAUUCAAUAUUUGAACUUAAUUGGUUUCUUCUUCCUCUAGACCAGAUUCUGACUGUGGUUAUGUUCAUGUAAAUCUGGAGUCAUACUACUAAUUUCAGUACAACUUCUCCAGAUUGACAUUAAUCUACAUUUGAGAU